UUAACUGCCCGACGGAUGCGGAGGCUGUGGGAACGGAGGUAAAUACUACUGUGCCCUGGGCUCGUCUGGAGAGCCUUAAACCGGGCAACCGCUACGUUGCCUGCGUUCGCGCUUUCAGCAUCAACACACAGAAGUCGGCCGCCUCACAGUCUCGUGUCGGUGACUGGAGCCUUGUCCAAACCUUCGAGACGGCCGUGAAGAAAAGCACCAUUAGCAUAGACGGUUCCGACGCUCAGCAUAUGCUCGACGGCAAAGGCUUCGACACCUCCUCUAGAGACCAGCCGCUUGGUGAUCCUGACCCCGCAUCGUCUGAUGAUCAGCGAUCGGCGACUGGGGAGCAAAGACCAAAUUCUGGGAGCAGUAACAGUGAUUCGAAUCUGUGGCUUUUGACACCCACUAUUAUGGUCGUGUCUGUUCUCCUGAUCUCCGUUGUCUCGCUGGUUUGCUGGUUGAAACGCAGAUCCUUCAUGAUUGUUCGCUACAAGCCGGACCCGUCCGCAGAGGCGACAACAAACGGAACCAACCUUUGCCUCCUAACCCCAGCCAAACAGGCAAACAAUAUGGUCGGUGUGGACGAGAAGACUGCCGCUGGUGCGAUGGAAAAGAGCGUAAAGGAGGGUCACAUGCUGGAGUACCUACAGCAACAACAACAGCCACAGCCGUCG